AUGGCCCUGAAAGGUGCAAAGAGGAAUGCCCCAGGCUCUGCUGGUAACAAAUUUUGUACCCCGGAUCACAGAGCUUCAUUCUUUGGACUACGUACAGUCCUAGCGGAGAGCCAUGCACAGGGAGACGAUAUGCACGACACUUCAUACCCCGUAUUGUCGAUACCCGUAGAUGGAAACAGCACUGUCACUCCACCACCUACUCCGACCGACUCACGUCCAAGUACUUCUACAGCACUGACACCUACAUUCCAAACAGUUGAGGUUGUAGGGAUGUUUAGGGAUAUUGCUAGGAGGAUGGAUGAGCAUCAAAGAGAUACUCAUUUGUGGCUUGAACGACUAGAGGAUUUUGUGUAA